CAAAGGGGCGAGGCCUACGGGCAAUGGGGCUUCUUGAUGUGUGGUGUCGCGUCUCCAAGUGUCGCAGAGGUUCCUUAAGCUAGGAAGUUAGUUCGGGAGAAGAAGUGGGGGCACGCUGGGCCAGGCUUCAGUCCUCGCUCUUGUACACCCCGCUUUCCAGCGCGGAAGCCGAGCGGGGGUGGGGUGGGGCAACGUCGCGCGUGUGACGUCACCUGGAGGCUCCGUGCCGGGCCGGCGGUGCCGUGACCUCCGGUGGCGUGGGAGGCCACACUGCGAUGCUGCGGCUAGUCCGGGACGGGGCGCGGGCCUGGCUUCGGCCCAUCGGCUGCCAGGGCCUGACCUCGCUGGCGGAUGAGGCAGCGCGGCCGGCGGACAAUCCAGAGCUGGUGGCGAGCGCAGUCGCUCCAGGCCUUCAGGAGCCUGUCCUACGCAAGUGCGAGCGCCCAGUACCAGCUCAUCUGAGCCCGGUGCAGGCCUGGAUCGAGUCCCUGAAGGGCUACGAGCAAGAGCGCGUGGGCCUGGCCGAGCUGCAUCCCGACGUUUUCGCCACCGCGCCCAGGCUGGACAUCCUGCACCAGGUGGCCAUCUGGCAGAAGAACUUCAAGAGAAUCAGCUAUGCCAAGACCAAGACUCGGGCCGAGGUGCGAGGUGGUGGCCGGAAGCCCUGGCCCCAGAAAGGCAGCGGACGGGCCCGGCACGGCAGCAUCCGCUCCCCGAUCUGGCGAGGCGGAGGCGUUGCCCAUGGCCCCCGGGGGCCCACGAGUUACUACUACAUGCUGCCCAUGAAGCUGCGGGCACAGGGCCUCAAGGUGGCGCUGACUGUCAAGCUGGCCCAGGACGACCUACACAUUGUGGACUCCCUGGAGCUGCCAACUGCGGACCCCCAGUACCUGACAGAGCUGGCCCGCUACCGCCGCUGGGGGGACUCCGUGCUCCUUGUGGACUUAGCUCAUGAGGAGAUGCCGCAGAACAUCGUGGAGGCCACCUCCAGGCUCAACACCUUCAACCUGAUCCCAGCUGUGGGCCUGAACGUGCAUAGUAUGCUCAAGCACCAGACCCUGGUCCUCACGCUGCCCACCAUCGCCUUCCUGGAGGACAAGCUGCUCUGGCAGGACUCGCGCUACACGCCCCUCUACCCCUUCCGCCUGCCCUACUGCGACUUGCCCUGACGGCCGCCCUCUGCCCAGCACUGCUCUCCAUGCCAAGCGCCCACUCUGACCCAGGCCGGUCCCUGGCACACCUGGGAGCCUCAUGCCCACCCUGCAAGGGAGGUGCUGCCUGCACCCCCCAUCCCAGUGAGGAAGCUGAGGCUACAUGGUGGCGAAGGAAACAUCACUGCCAGGACAGGACAGCUCUGCAGAGAUCCCACAUGGACACCUGCCUCAACUCUCUCUCUCUCUUUUUUUUUUUUUUAAUAAAUUUUAUUUUUAAUCAAAGA